AUGACAAAGGGAAAGAUUUUGCUAGUCCUUUACGAAGGCGGUAAGCAUGCUGAAGAGCAAGAAAAACUAUUGGGGUGUAUUGAAAACGAGCUUGGCAUCAGAAAUUUCAUUGAAGAGCAGGGAUAUGAAUUAAUCACUACCACUGACAAGGAUCCUGAGCCACACUCAACGGUGGACAGAGAACUGAAAGAUGCCGAAAUCGUCAUUACUACGCCCUUCUUCCCGGCCUACAUCUCGAGAACCAGGAUUGCCGAAGCACCUAACUUGAAGCUUUGUAUCACCGCUGGUGUCGGAUCCGAUCAUGUCGAUUUAGAAGCCGCCAAUGAAAGAAAAAUCACGGUGACCGAAGUCACUGGCUCCAAUGUUGUCUCUGUCGCAGAGCACGUUAUGACCACGAUCUUGGUUUUGAUAAGAAACUACAAUGGAGGCCACCAUCAGGCAAUUAAUGGCGAGUGGGACAUCGCCGGCGUAGCCAAGAACGAAUAUGACCUAGAAGACAAAGUUAUCUCAACUGUGGGUGCCGGUAGAAUUGGAUACAGGGUUCUCGAAAGAUUGGUCGCAUUCAAUCCUAAGAAGCUGCUUUAUUAUGACUAUCAAGAACUACCUGCCGAAGCGAUCAACCGAUUGAACGAGGCUGGUAGGCUUUUCAACGGUAGAGGCGACAUUGUCCAAAGAGUGGAAAAAUUAGAGGAUAUGGUUGCCCAGUCGGACGUUGUCACCAUCAACUGCCCAUUGCAUGGGGAUUCCAGGGGUUUGUUCAACAAAGAGCUCAUUUCCCACAUGAAGGACGGUGCAUAUCUGGUGAACACCGCCAGAGGUGCCAUUUGCAUCGCCGAAGAUGUUGCUGAGGCCGUAAAGUCUGGCAAAUUGGCGGGCUACGGUGGUGAUGUCUGGGACAAACAACCAGCGCCUAAGGAUCAUCCCUGGAGAACCAUGGACAACAAGGACCACGUAGGAAAUGCAAUGACGGUUCACAUUAGUGGUACGUCCUUGGACGCUCAAAAGAGAUACGCUCAGGGUGUAAAGAACAUCUUGAACAGUUACUUCUCCAAAAAAUUUGACUACCGUCCACAGGACGUAAUUGUUCAGAACGGUACCUACGCCACAAGAGCCUAUGGACAGAAAUAA